AAAACUUGGAAGGGUUGGAGAAACAAUAAAACAAAAAAUAAAGGGUCAAAAUGAAAUAAGGGGAAACUUGAAAAGUCUAGGGGUUCCGCUUCAUUCUUAAGUCUUAGCACAAACGCGAUCGGCUUCUCCCUUCUGAUUCCGGCUGUGUUCUCUUCUCUCGUUCCAUUCCGGCGUCUCUUAUUAUUAUUGCUGAGCAGGCCACCCUCACAAGUAGAUCUCUGAACCAAGCGGAAGAAUGAGAGGGUUAAUCAACAAGGUCGUCUCGCGUUCGCUCUCCGUCGCCGGAAAAUGGCAGCAGCAGCAGCUCCGUCGUCUGAAUGUCCACGAGUAUCAGGGAGCUGAAUUGAUGGGUAAACAUGGAAUCAACGUACCGAAAGGUGUAGCUGUUUCUUCCAUCGAGGAGGUCAGGAAGGCAAUUCAGGAGGUGUUUCCUAAUCAAAGCGAGAUAGUUGUUAAGAGCCAGAUUUUGGCUGGUGGGCGAGGUUUGGGGACAUUCAAAAGUGGUCUUCAGGGUGGUGUUCACAUUGUUAAGAGCGAAAAGGUUGAAGAAAUUGCUGGAAAAAUGCUCGGCCAAGUACUUGUCACAAAGCAAACUGGCCCUCAAGGAAAAGUUGUCAGCAAGGUUUACUUGUGUGAAAAAUUGUCUCUUACAAAUGAAAUGUACUUUGCUAUCAUGUUGGAUCGUCAAACUGCUGGUCCGCUUAUCAUUGCCUGUAAGAAAGGUGGAACCAGCAUUGAAGAUCUAGCUGAGAAAUUCCCUGACUUGAUUAUUAAGGUACCCAUCGACGUUUUUGAAGGAAUCACAGAUGAAGAUGCGGCUAAGGUUGUCGAUGGGUUGGCUCCGAAGUCUGCCGAUAAAAAGGAUUGCAUAGAGCAAGUGAAGAAAUUGUAUAAACUUUUCUGCGAUAGUGACUGCACAUUGUUGGAAAUCAAUCCCAUUGCAGAAACUGCUGAUAACAAAUUGGUCGCAGCUGAUGCUAAGUUGAACUUCGAUGAUAAUGCUGCUUUCCGCCAGAAGGAGUUAUUUGCACUCCGUGAUCCAACUCAGGAGGACCCUCGAGAGGUGGCUGCUGCUAAGGCAGAUUUGAAUUACAUUGGGCUAGAUGGUGAGAUUGGUUGCAUGGUGAAUGGUGCAGGGCUGGCAAUGGCCACAAUGGAUAUUAUUAAGCUACAUGGUGGAACUCCUGCCAAUUUUCUCGAUGUUGGUGGAAAUGCUUCUGAAGGCCAGGUGGUUGAGGCAUUCAAAAUUUUGACUUCUGACGAUAAAGUAAAAGCAAUCCUGGUGAACAUAUUUGGAGGGAUCAUGAAAUGUGACGUUAUAGCCAGCGGAAUUGUCAAUGCUGCCAAACAGGUGAACAUGCACCUAAUUCCGCUUUUAUUUUCUCUAGUUGAUAUAUUGCUACAUCUACGAAUUUAGUGCACCCCACAUGAAUUCCUGAUGGAACAACCUUCUACUCCAAUGGCCACCGAAAAAUCUGCUCUGUGAUUAGUUGGCUGCCAUAAAUUUAUUAAUCUAGUGUAACAAAACUGAGGGACAAGAGUUGACAGGGCCUUCCUGACUCUUUAGCUGGCAUUCUUUCAAUCUUUGCUGCAUUGUACUUGGAUGCUUGUUUUGUGUUCCCCUUUGUACCUUUGGCCCUCUGAGAAAUGAAGUUGUUGAGAAUCUAAAUGUGGCAAUUAAAACAGCUCAAGUAACUUCUGGCAACUUUAAUAUGGCCAUAGGGUUACUGAGAUUCUUAACUAUGUAGGGGACUUUUAAGUUUUAACUUUACCCAGCAACUAAAUCCAUCAUUGGUCUACUUGCUCAAAGGUUUCACUAAAAGUACCCGUGGUGGUUCGUCUCGAAGGCACUAAUGUUGAUCAAGGGAAAAGGAUCCUCAAGGAAAGCGGAAUGGCCCUAAUUACAGCCGAAGACCUGGACGAUGCUGCCGAGAAAGCAGUAAAGGCACUAUCAAGUUGAAGGAAUACAAGUUCCUACCCUGUUUUCAUUUCUCCACUGCAAAGUUUCUAAGAAACCAUGAUCUGGACUGGAAUCAAUGACAAAUAAUAUAGCGAGACGAGACAGCGAAUCGUUGAUCUUCGUUAUUUUGAGGCUCAUCUGGUUAAAACGAGUGCCUGCCCUGUUCUUAUUUUCCUGGCACUAAUUGCUCGUGCUUAACUAGACCAGCAUAUUUUCUUAAUGAAAUCUUUCUAGUUUGAAACGAAUGUUAUUUAUUUAUAUUUAUCAUCAUCCAAUUUAUAAGAUUAACCUGAGAACAAUUGAACGAAUAAUCAAAUCAGCUUUCCUGAAUGAACUGCGUAUGAUCCAGCUAUCCUGCUGGCAAUGCAGUAGGCAGUGGACUGAAUAGUGAUCAUGGGAUUGACACCAAUUGCACUGGGAAGCACACUUCCAUCGCACACAAACAAACCUUUGGCUUCCCAGCUCUCACCAUUCUCAUCGACUCCGCCGUCCUCCGGCGUGGCUCCCAUCCUGCAACUUCCCAUCUGGUGAGCAGAGAAGAAGAUCGACCAGUGAGCAUCGCCCGACUUCACUCCGCCGCUCACCCCAACUCCAUCAAGAAACGCCUCCAUUUCCUUCUCCUUCGUCGCACCGCCGCAAGAGAUCUUCUGCCCGUCGCUGCGGAAGGUCCCCACUUCCACCGCUCCGGCGGCCACCAGAAUCCUGAGGGCUUGCCUCAGCCCGGUCCUGAGGUGCUCCUUGUCGACUUUGUCCAGCCGGUGAGAGAUCCUUCCUUCCCGCUUCACUUCCCCCGAUCCCCGAUCCCUCACCAGCGCGAAGAGCAGCGCCGUUCUCGGGUACUUUACCAUUUUGUCCUUCAGGUCCUGCCCUGAGAUCCACGGAGACAAUGCCGCGUACGAAGCUGGCCCCGCCGAUGGGCAUUCGACGAUGGCGAUCACUUCGUCGGAAGAGGAGUCCACGACUUUGUGGAUCGAAGUGAUGAUUCCUCCUUCGUACGACUUCUCGUCUUCCGGAUUUGAAUUUGAAUCUGACGAUGGCGGGAAGUAUCCCCAAGCCAUCAGGACAGGGUGGAGGUGCAGAUUUUCCCCAAUGUUAGGGUUCUUCAAUCCGCUGGCGAUCAUCAGAGGCGGCGUGAGGAGCGAUCCAGCUGCCGAAACCGUCACUCGAGCUUCGAUCUCCAGCUUCUUCUUCUUCAAAUUCGGAUUCGAACAUCUCGCAAUCACUCCCAAGCAUCUCUUCUUCUUCUCCCCUCCGCCGUCGCUGGAGAAGACGAAUCGCUCGGCUUUGCAUCCUGUGAUGAUCACAGCGCCGCUGUUCUCCACAGCGUCGACGAGCCAGGUGGUGUCCGUUCCUUUCUUGUCCCCGAUUCGGCAGCCAUAGCAGCAGGAUCCACAGUAGUGAUCCUCAGAGGAGUUUCUCGACACAGGCUCGACUUCCAGCCCGAGAUUUGCGCAUCCUUUUCUGAGGAUUUUGUUCUGAAACCCUUCCUUCUUGCAGCCGUCCGUAACGCCGAGCCUCUUCCACACUGCGUCCAUGGCGUUCUGGUAAUCCGAGCUUCCGAAGAGGGGAAGCUUGUCGUCCACCGACCAUUCUCUGAGUACAUUGUCGGGGGUCUUGAUGCAGGCUGACCAGUUGACGGCGGAGCCGCCGCCGACGGUGGAUCCGGCGAAGAUCAUCGUCUUGCCGUUGGUGGUGGACAGAAUUCCUCCGCUCUCGUAUAGCUCCGCCAGUGAGGGUCCUUCGAGCGAGGAGUAAUCCUCUGCGGCGAAGUAGUUUCCUUUCUCUAGGACGACGACUUUCAUUCCGGAGCUUGCGAGGACUGCGGCGGCGACUCCGCCCCCGCAACCGGAGCCGACGAUUACGGCGUCGCAUUUGAUCUUGACGGUGUUGUGGUUUUCAUCUUCGGUGACCUCGAGCCCCUUUUGGAUGAGAGAUUGCACAAAAGUGGUGUCGUCGGUUUCGUGGAUCGUCUCCACAAUUCCUUUCUCCAGAGGUCUCUCCCCUCCUUUCUGUUUGAUAUGGGUUGUUUUCCUGGUGUCCGCUUGAUACCCAAUUGCUUCCCAGGCUUGGUUCUUCUGAGUUUCAUCAUCAAUCUGCCGGCGACAACCCAAUGGACAAACAUGAUUUGGGGUUGAUUGCAUUGAUAAGAAGGAAAGAAAGAAAGAACAGCGAGCCUAAGUGACAAUUUCAACUUACCCUGGUGAAGAAGACAAACAAGGAGAAGAUUUUGAUGACGGCAAACACAACUCUGAGAGGUGUAAGCAUCUUCCGCUUUUCUCCUCUCCAUUUCUGAAGAAUCUGCUCUCUCCUCUCCAGGGGAAUUUCAGAGAAGCUGAGCAUGAAUGGCCAUUUCCAGUCCAGGCUGCAAAACCCACAGAGCAACAGUGUUCCCAACCUGGAAGACAGUAAUUUGAGUACCAGUUUCACUACCAACACUGCUUCUGGCAAUCCUCUUCUGACAAUUAGCUCUGCAACCCUCAUCAGGGAUAGGUGAUUGAGACCCAGAAGCACCAUAGAAGGAAGCUAGUGCUUCCUGCUGCCUUUCAACUGGGAUUUCCUGGUUGAUGAUAUUCUUCUGAUCAGGAGGUGGCAAUGGAGGGAUAAAGGCUUCGCAGAGGGCUGAAAGGGAUUGGAUCUGACCAGAGCUGAGACCAUGGCUGUAGGAAGAAGAAGAAGUCAUUUUCUUCCUCCCUCCUCUCAACAAGGUACGGCACUGGCCUUUCUCCACCAUUCUUUCCUUCAUCUCUCCUCCCCUAAGGAUGAGAAUCUCUCUGCUCUGCUCUGCUCCCUCUCUUCUAACUUAAAAUAUAGACGGAAGCCAGGAAGUGGU